AUCUGAAGAGGCCUCACUACGGGCUUUGGAGAGUCUAAUGACAGAGUUUUUCCACAAUUGCACAACGAAUGAGCGGAAACGCGAGAUAGAGGAGCUUUUAAAUAACUUUGCCCAGCAGAUAGGAGCCUGGAGAUUCUGCCUCUAUUUCCUGUCAAGUACAAGAAAUGACUAUGUAAUGAUGUACAGUUUGACUGUGUUUGAGAACCUAAUCAAUAAGAUGUGGCUUGGGGUCCCAUCUCAAGACAAAAUGGAGAUCCGCAGCUGCCUGCCCAAGCUCCUUCUAGCUCACCAUAAAACUCUGCCUUACUUCAUCAGGAACAAACUCUGCAAAGUCAUUGUGGAUAUUGGCCGGCAAGACUGGCCAAUGUUCUACCAUGACUUUUUUACUAACAUCUUGCAGUUAAUUCAGUCUCCUGUGACCACUCCUCUGGGACUGAUCAUGUUGAAAACUACUUCGGAAGAACUGGCAUGUCCACGGGAAGAUCUCAGUGUAGCCCGGAAAGAAGAGCUACGAAAGCUGCUCCUAGACCAGGUGCAAACAGUGCUUGGGCUCCUCACAGGUAUUUUGGAGAGCAUCUGGGACAAACACAGUGUUACUGCUGCCACUCCACCACCAUCCCCAACUUCAGGAGAAAGUGGUGACCUGUUAAGUAGCCUGUUGCAGAGUCCCAGUGCAGCCAAAUUAUUGAACCAGCCAAUUCCCAUCCUUGAUACAGAAAGUGAAUAUAUAUGUUCCCUGGCACUGGAGUGCCUGGCACACCUCUUCAGCUGGAUCCCUUUGUCUACUAGUAUCACCCCAUCACUCCUCACCACCAUUUUCCACUUUGCUCGCUUUGGCUGCGACACCCGUGUUCGGAAAAUGUGUUCUGUCAACGGCAGCAGCCAGAACUCGGUGUUGGGACAGGAGCGUGGCCGACUUGGCGUCUUGGCUAUGUCUUGCAUCAAUGAACUGAUGUCUAAGAACUGCGUGCCUAUGGAGUUCGAAGAGUAUUUGCUACGGAUGUUCCAGCAGACUUUCUACCUCCUGCAGAAGAUUACCAAGGAGAAUAACGCCCAUACGGUGAAGAGCCGGCUAGAGGAACUGGAUGAAAGAGUACUGUGCUGGGGGAGACAGGCAGAAAGCUACAUUGAGAAGUUUACGGAUUUUCUCCGUCUCUUUGUGAGUGUCCACCUACGAAGAAUUGAAUCCUACUCCCAGUUCCCUGUGGUUGAAUUUCUGGCAUUGUUGUUCAAAUACACUUUUCAUCAGCCUACCCAUGAAGGUUACUUUUCUUGCUUAGACAUCUGGACGCUCUUCUUGGACUAUCUGACUAGCAAAAUUAAAAGUCGUCUUGCAGACAAAGAAGCAGUACUCAACAGGUACGAAGACGCCUUGGUUCUAUUGCUGACAGAGGUGUUGAAUCGAAUCCAGUUCAGGUAUAACCAGGCACAGCUGGAGGAGCUGGAUGACGAGACACUGGAUGAUGAUCAGCAGACCGAGUGGCAGCGGUACUUGCGCCAGAGCUUGGAAGUGGUUGCAAAAGUCAUGGAGCUCUUGCCAACUCAUGCCUUCUCCACACUAUUUCCAGUUCUGCAGGAUAACUUGGAAGUGUAUCUGGGACUCCAGCAGUUUGUGGUCACUUCAGGAACAGGUCACAGGCUGAACAUCACGGCAGAGAAUGACUGCCGCCGUUUGCACUGCUCCUUGAGGGACCUGAGCUCCUUGCUGCAGGCUGUUGGUCGUUUAGCAGAAUACUUCACUGGUGAUGUGUUUGCUGCCAGGUUCAAUGAUGCUCUUACAGUGGUGGAGAGGUUGGUAAAAGUUACGCUAUAUGGAUCCCAGAUUAAACUGUACAACAUCGAAACUGCAGUACCAUCUGUAUUGAAACCUGACCUUAUCGAUGUCCACGCUCAGUCCCUGGCAGCGCUGCAAGCCUAUGCGCACUGGCUUGCACAGUUCUACAGCGAAGUUCACCGGCAGAACCCGGAGCAGUUCAUCUCUCUGGUCUCUACCACGCUGGAGGCUAUCACACCUCUCAUCAGCUCUAAGGUGCAGGAGAAGCUACUGCUGUCUGCAUGCCACCUGCUAGUUUCUUUAGCCACCACAGUGCGACCAGUGUUCUUGAUCAGCAUCCCAGCAGUACAGAAGGUGUUCAACAGGAUCACAGACACUUCUGCUCAGCGGCUUCCUGAUAAGGCCCAGGUGUUGGUGUGCAGAGCACUGUCGAAUGUAUUGUUGCUGCCCUGGCCAAAUCUUCCAGAGAGUGAACAGCAGUGGGCAGUUCGCUCCACCAACCAUGCCAGCCUAAUCUCUGCCCUCACAAGAGAAUACCGCCAAUUAAAAUCCAAUGCCAUCUUGCCACAGAGGAAAGUGCAGCUGGAGGACAAAAUCCUUCUUCUGUGGGUGUGUAAAGGGCACUCUCACCCCAGGUUGCCUGUAAGCUCUUCCAUCAAAGUACUGUCUUCCUCAGUCGUGCAGGGAAGCCAAAGUGAUCAUCCAUCAGACACUCAGCGUUUUAGAAGAUAUUGUAGAAAGUAUCUCUGGAGAAUCUACCAAGUCUCGACAGAUCUGUUAUCAGUCGCUGCAAGAAUCCGUGCAGAUGUGACAGAUGAGAUGCUGAGCUUCUUCCUCACUCUGUUUCAAGGACUGAGGGUGCAGAUGGGAGUGCCUUUCACUGAGCAGAUCAUACAGACCUUCCUAAAUAUGUUCACCAGGGAGCAGUUGGCAGAGAGCAUCCUCCAUGAGGGCAGCACUGGCUGUCGGGUGGUGGAGAAGUUUCUGAAAAUACUGCAAGUGGUGGUACAAGAGCCGGGCCAAGUAUUCAAGCCUUUUCUACCCAGCGUCAUCUCACUGUGCAUGGAGCAGGUCUACCCUAUCAUUGCAGAGCGCUCAUCUCCUGAUGUGAAAGCAGAGUUAUUUGAGCUGCUUUUCCGGGUCCUCCACCACAAUUGGCGGUACUUCUUCAAAUCUAGUGUAUUGGCUAGUGUCCAAAGAGGAGUAGCAGAAGAGCAGAUGGAGAACGAAGCACAGUUCAGUGCCAUUAUGCAGGCAUUUGGCCAGUCCUUCCUGCAACCUGACAUUCACCUGUUCAAGCAGAAUCUCUUCUACUUGGAGACACUGAACACCAAGCAGAAGCUGUACCACAAGAAGAUCUUCCGCACAACCAUGCUGUUCCAGUUUGUGAAUGUGCUACUUCAGGUGCUUGUCCACAAGUCGCAUGACCUGUUGCAGGAGGAGAUCGGCAUUGCCACCUACAAUAUGGCCUCAGUGGACUUUGAUGGCUUCUACUCAGCCUUUCUCCCCGAGUUCCUGGCCAGUUGUGAUGGUGUGGACUCGAACCAGAAAAAUGUGCUGGGAAGGAAUUUCAAAAUGGACAGGGAUCUGCCAUCGUUUACCCAGAAUGUGCACAGACUGGUGAAUGACCUGCGUUACUACAGACUCUGCAAUGACAGUUUGCCCCCUGGAACUGUGAAACUAUAGUUACUGCACUGGACUCGUGUUUUGAUCACUGUAGGGAACGGAUCCAUGUUUUGUUUUGCCACCACCUUCUCUCCUCCCUGGUUUUGUCAGGACUGCAGGACACAGUGUCUUGCACAUGGGCACAUCUUCUUGGAUUCACGCACCACGCUUCGUUUUUUCUCUCCCAACCCAAAGGCCCGCAGCUGGAGUCAGCACUGUCUGCAGGAUGUGUCUUAACGCCCAACCACAGGGCAUCUCAACUGUACAGAAAGUCCUCUUGCUGGGGUUUUGUCCUACUAACGUAGCACUUUGUUGCGUCCAGAGAUUUCUGUGGAGUUGUCUUGAGAGAUCAUGUACGUAUUGAACGUGAGGCAGAAGCGCCAAAGACUACUUCAGACAUUCGUACCUUCGUGUCAUUCCACCUUCCUGCCCCUGCCCAGCUCUUGGAGGAGGAGUCUCGUGAUGUUGGGACUGUUUUGGCACUUCUGUCACUCCCUUUGUUUUUAAAUUGCCUUGAAAACCUCCCUGCUGUUUGUGGGGAUUAGAGACUUUUUGGUUUUUUUAAAAGUUUUCUCAUCAUUCCAUUGUGAUACUAA